AUGUUUCAGGUUUCAUUGGGUAGAUCGAUAACCGAUGCUUGGUUAAUUAUAUUGCAGAUUGUUUUAAUUCAAUCUAUUAAUUAUUUCCUUCUAGUGUUGUUAUGUGUAGUGUUUUGUUUACCAUUCGGAUUUGUUCCAACAUUGGAGCAGUUAUUUUCAUAUAAGGCGAUUUCAGUUUUUAGUUUGUUUGGAUGGAUUAACAUUGUUAUUUGGUUGUUGGACGGUUUUAUUGGAGGAUUUCUCUUAUUUAUGGUGGUGAGGAGAAGCAAAAAGUGUAUGGAUUUCACCAUCACUUUCCAUGUCAUUCAUCUUUUACUGUGCAUCAUUUACAAAGCAUUUCCAGUGUAUUGGGAGUGGUAUGUGUGUGUGAUUUUACACAGUAUCACCAUGACAUUGGUGGGUGAAUUUUCAUGUUAUUGGAGAGAACAGAGAGAAAUUAAUUUGCCAUCCACAAAUCGUUCCACUUCUACUGGAGGUCGAAUGAUGAGUGAUUCUCUCUCGACAACAACCUCAUCUCAACAAGAAUGUCAUGCGGAUGACGAAGAUGAAGAAUCUGUUAUUGGAGAUUCUCAAGUAGCAGAACGAACAGCUUUCCUUUCGAACACCACAAAGGAGGAAAAGGCUCACUAA